CUUGCACUCAACUUCACUCGAUAGACCAUGUCCCUUCCUCGGGUUGCGAUUCUGGAUGAUUACCAGGGCAUUGCGCUGACUUGUGCUGAUUGGAGCCCAUUGAAGGAUCGAGUUAUUAUUGAUGUCUUCAGGGAUACGCUCCAUGACGAGGAUGCGCUUGUGAAGAGGCUGGAACCAUACGAGAUAAUUUGUGCCAUGAGGGAGAGAACCAAGUUCAGCAAGACCUUGCUGGAUAGGCUGCCUAACCUCAAACUGAUUGCCACCACCGGUCCAUACAAUCGCGGUAUCGACGCCGCGUAUGCAAAGGAGAAGGGGAUCUUUGUCUCCGGAACCGGAGGAGCUGGAAAUGCGACUCUGGAACACAUCUGGGCGCUCUUGCUGGCCACUGUGAGGUGGUUGGCGGUGGAAGACCAGAAUGUCAAGUCUGGCAAUCCGCAGUGGCAGAGUACUCUCCCACUGGGACUGACUGGGCGGACUUUGGGAUUAAUUGGUGUUGGGCGACUGGGGGCGCAGACGGCCAGGAUCGCGAAAGCAUUUGAUUUAAAAGUCAUCGGAUGGUCUCCGAACUUGACUCCGGAGAGGGCAGAAGCAGCUGGAGUGGAGUAUGUCUCGACUAAGGAAGAGUUGUUGCGCAGAAGCGAUAUCGUUUCCUUGCAUCUCGUACUUUCUGAGAGCACACGACAUAUCCUCAAGAAGGAAGAUCUGGCUCUUUUGAAGCCUACUGCGUUCUUGAUCAAUACAUCGAGAGGUCCUUUGGUGGAUGAAGGGGCACUUGUGGAGGCGCUGGAGAAGAAGACGUUUGCAGGUGCUGGGUUGGAUGUCUUUGACGUUGAACCCUUGCCGCUUGAUCAUCCGCUUCGUAGGCUGAAGAAUGUUACUCUGAGUCCGCACACUGGGUAUCUUACGGACACGAUGUUUGGGGUGAGUUGCAGUGAUUCCCGGGCUCUGGCGCGUGCGGUUCAAAGAAGGAACAAAGGGAGCUGAUCGAUUUUAUUUUUUUUUUCCAUCUGUGUCUAGGUGUUUUACGGAGAGACUGUGGAGAACAUUGUCGGGUUUUUGGAUGGAAAGCCUUUGCGUCCUUUGGGC